AUGAGCUCGCUGGCAAAGUAUUCAUUGGUAUGUUGAUUUUAAGAUUUGAAAGUCAAACCGUCGUAAAAAGUUUAAGCCUAAAAAAUCCUUUGAAAAUUUUAGCAAAUUCUCUAGUGAAAAAAAUUUACCAAGUUGAUCUUGAAUGAAACAACAUUUUGAAUUAGUAAAUUGUGGAGGGAGUUAUUAUUUAUGGAACUCUGAGAAUGUUUUUAUUGCAGGCCGACGGCAAAUCACUUCAAAAUCUUCAAGAGACCACUGAAACCAAGGGCUAUCUGGUAACUAUUAAUUUGAAAUUCGCAUAACCAUAAAAAUUAUUACAGGAACAAGUUCGAAACAAGCGGUUGCGAGCAAUCCGACAUCUAAGAGAAACUCUUGCAAAGAAGAGUAAAAACUCACCAUAUGGUGAAUUAAUUGAUGUUGAUACAACCGGAGAAGUUCUGGAAGAUCAAGAACAAUCGGUUUCACCUGCUGCUGAAAUAACACAAAUCGAUUCUGAUGGAAUUGUUCAAAAACCAGAAGAAUCUAUGAUAAUCGCUGAAGCUGUAUCGAUUGGAACUUCUGAUGGGAUUGUUCAAAAACCAGAAGAAUCUAUGGUAAUCGCUGAAGCUGUAUCGAUUGGAACUUCUGAUGGGAUUGUUCAAAAACCAGGAGAAGCUAUGGUAAUCGCUGAAGUUGAAUCGAUUGGAAACUCUGUUGAUGCAGAUGAACGUCGUCAACAUCGAAAUAAGGUGGUUAACAAAAAGACGCUAAAUUGAACACAAUUUUUAUAAAAGAAAAAUGCUUCUUGAGCCAAAAAUUGGAAAAAAAACUUUUGAAGCUAUAUUUAACAAAAAUUUCGUAAUUUCAACACACCUCGGCCAAAAUCGUGGUUUCCACAAUAAAAAAUUGUACGCUAACUUUUUACAGUACAAAAAUUGUUAAUUUUCAGUUUUUGUCCUCUAAAAAUUGUGAUUUUUCAAUUUUUGAUCUCUAAAAACUGAAAUUAAGAUUUUUCAAAAAAUUGUACUCUGGCCAGCCACGGCUUGGCCGAGGUGUGAAUUUCAAGUUUUGAUAAAGUUUUCUAAAAAAUAAUUUUUUAAAUAUAAUUUUGAAUAGAUUGUAAUAAUUGAAUUUCGAGUUUAUGGCUUUGGAGAAAAAUUUUGCCUAGAAAUGAAUUAUGUUCGAGUUAUCAAUCCACUUUUAUUCAGAUUCGUUCCUCAACUAUCGCAAAUAGCAAUGAGAUCGAGAUCAGUAGCAGUUCAAGUUCGGAUGAUUCAGAUGAUUCGGAUAAGGAUAUAACUGUAAGUGUAUUUUGUUUAGUUCAGGGAAUAGUUAUAUUUUUCAGUAUGAUGUUCCAAAAUCAUCGAAUGCUGGAACAAGAAGCAAGUCAAACAAGAAAACGAAGCAUUUUGGUAAAGGGAAAAGACGACAAACGAAUAAGGAGAAGCCUGCGGAAACUGCUGAGGAUAAAGAGGACGAGAAAGUAGGUUUCUAGUUUCAAUUUAUUAGAUACAAAAUAAGCUUCAGAUGAACAUGACAAAAGAUGGAAAAUGGUUACCAUUGGGGGUAACAAAAGCACUACUUUGGGAUGUCAACGCAAAUGCGCCACUAUCAAAAGAUAUUCAAGAGGCAAGAAUUAUAUUUUUUAGAAUUUAUCAUGUACUCAAAUCUGAAACGUGGCAUAUGUUUCAGAUUAAUUCAGUCAAAUUAAAUCGUGUUAGAAGGGAGAUUGAUUCAGACUAUUUUUUGGAUACUGCAUCGACUUUGAAACCAGGUUCUGAACAGGACAUGCUGUUAUGGUGGGCCGGUUACUUCAAAGUGAGUUUUUAUAUGGCAUUUUUCUUAAAAAUUGAGCGCGAAAUUGGUGUCUGCUAGUUUGAUUCUCUCCUUUAUUUUCGCCACAUUUUUGUUGUAAAUUCAAGGCGCAUCGAUUUUUAGAAGCAUUGUUUUUUUUUUGAAACUUUUCUGAUAAUAAACACAUCACUAAGUUUCGAAAUAAAACUCUGUAAUUACAGCUUCACAAUUCUGCCAAGCAGCUUCCACUUGUCAAUCCAACUACUGAUUCUUUCAAUAAUCUUCAAUCAAGAUCAGCGAUGUUUGAUUCAUCAAGACUUAUCGGUUCGUGGAUCGAAUACACCCCUGCUGGAUUUCCAAUCAACUUUACCGCUAUUAUGGAAGAAUAUGCUGUUCAAUACAAAGCUAGCACAAGCUUCAACAAAAUGGUGCGUGUUUAUUUAAAUGGUAUUCGUAAAACGGUUAGUUUUUUUGAGCAUCAGACUUAAAUGUAAAAAGUCAUUUUCCAGAUUCGAAAAGACCGAUUCGCUCCUGUUUACACUUGGAUAUCUUCUUCGGAUAAUUGCACAUAUUUUUGCUUUUCCAAAAAAUUCGGUCUCCGCCUUUUAGGUGAGUCGUAACUUUUUUGAAGCCCUUAAAAAUAUGAUUAUUCAGAAUCUAUCAAAAUCGGCCUCGCAUUGUCGGAGCAUGAAAGAGCCGAGUUCAUGAGUGCGGCAGCCGACAUAGUCGACACCUCGAUGUUCCGAUGUUUGUAAGUUUGUCAUGCAAUUAAGUAAGGUGUAUUGUAUUUUUUGCAGCGAAAACCUUCGCACCAAAAGAAAGUUGACCGACGAUGAAUUGAAUAAAAUGGUGGCUGAAGCUCACGAAGCGAUCAAAAAUUAUCAAGUGGAAUGA